CAUUUGUGUCUUAUUCUGUCAAGGCUCGCAUAUGACCUCAACCAGGGCGACCUGCUGGCAUGCUCUAAUCUGCCUUCGGAUCAACAAUCACCGGGUCUGUUGGUCUGUUGGUCUGUUGUAACAAUGCACAUUCCCUGGAUGUUUCAAUGAGGACCAAUGACAUUCUUCAAGAAUCGAACCAGAUCAAUCGCGGUACACCGAAGACGGGAAUGCCCGAGUAUCGUUUUGAGACAGCAUACGCGGCCAGCGCAUUCAUCAAGCUGCAACCUUCCCUGCCCCUCGAGUUCGACGCGGAAACACCCGUCCCUCUCAACGACGGCACAGCGGCACCAGCUCUGCUUCAUUCCUGACACUCUGCACGACUUCAAGAACGUGCUGACAUGCGAAUCGGAGCAUGCACUGCGCAUUGACACCGCGAUUAGAUGAGAUGUGUUGGCCCCAUCGUUCGGCAAGAUGCCAUCCC